UGCAGCGUGGAGGAUGUCGAGUGGUCCAAAAAUCACGCUGGAGGACAUCAAGAAGCGCUCUGGCUCGAAAGAACUGUCUGAAAUCCGGCAGCUAAACUUGUCAGGACUUGGUUUAACUUGUAUACCAGCUGAGUUACUGCAACGUUUGCCAAAUCUUGAGGAAGUUGAUCUGUCAAAAAACAAGCUAACGGCUAUAGUCCAAGAUGGAGCCCUACCACAAGUGAAAGUUCUCAGUUUUGCCAACAACCAGCUUAAUAACGUGGAGGGAUUAAUGGCAUUUCCUAAUCUUGAAAGUCUAGAUGUGACCAAUAAUCCAACUCUGGAGGUUUCAGACAGAUACAAACUAGUGUCCCUGUGUCCCCUGUUAAAGAUACUGGAUGGAAAGGAUAUCAGUCUGAUGAGGGAUGCUGUUAAUAGAUUGGAUUCUACCAUGUCACAGAAGAUCACUGAAAUAUGGAAGAAGCAAUUUAACACGAAGUACAAUCAGUUGGAAGGUGAUAAAAGAACUGAACUUGAAAAUGAGUUCAUUGAAAAACUCAAGACAGAAGUUACUUGUGGUCCUGCCAUUCUAAAAAACUAUAGAGAAUUUAAGCUUACAAUUUUAGGAGAACUUUAUUUAAAGAAUAUGAAGAGUGAGGAGAAGGCUACAGUAGAACCACCUGUCAAGAAACAGAAAACUACUGAAGUGAAUGGACAACUGGAAGAGGACAAAACCAAAGCUGCAAGUGACGCAGGAGGUAAAACAAAGAGUGCAAAAACACCAGAAGGUAAACCAGGAAAAAAGAGAGACAGGACACCUAGAAAAGAAGUCAAGGCUGAAAGUGACAGUGCAAGUCCUGCACACUGUCAGUUUGCAGUCUCUCAUUUGCUGCAAACACAUUCACUAAACAAUGAUCCCACAGACAGGAAAACACAAGUAUGGGGCUGCGAGUUUGAACCAGACCCUGAAAGAAAAGGUCACACAACAACAACAUGUGCGACAUGUGGUGGAGAUUCAGUCUGCUUUGUUGAUUGCAGUACAGGACGAGUCAUGAAAAAAUACAAGCAACCUGGAGAAACAUUCUACUGUCUAGCGUGGACUACGGUAUAUUUGGACUAUGACACUGAUAAGAAAAGAAAAGCCAACCUCAUAGCGGCGGGAGGAUAUCAAAAUGACAUUAAGAUAAUAGAACCUAAUCAGCUAGUGUGUUUUGAGGAAAUUCAAGGUCACAAAGGAGUUUUAGAAUGUUUGGUUUUUCACCCUCAUCAUCCCACGUGGCUACUGAGUGCAGCUGAUGAUAAUACUAUUAUGGUUUGGGAAAUUGGAUUGCCUAAAGCAGCUGAGUAUCAAGGAAAAUCACAACUCCUGUUGACAUUGAAGUCUCGCUCAAUAGUGCGUCUGUUCUCUAUCCCGCCACAUGGUAAAGUGGUUGUUGGAGGGUGUGACGAUGGAUGUUAUGUGUGGAAACUUUUUGAUGGGAAAAGUCAAAAAGGAGACAAAAGAACAUAUUUUGGCAAGUUGGAUUUUCCUGGCAAAAAGAUCAUUCCUUUAGACAGUAUAGUAUGCCUUUCAGACAGCUUAAUUGCAACUAAGAGAGUUGAAGAAGGAUGCAUACAUGUUUGGUACUCUGAGUCUGAAAUGAUACAGAAUGAUUUCAGAGUGGCAUACAAGAUGCCAUGGAGACAAACAGAAGUACCUUUCUUGAAAUUCCACUAUGUGCCUGCUUGCUCGGUGUUGUUGGCUGGGGACGAUGCAGGAUCUGUUUGGCUUUAUGAUAUGGAAUCCUGCUUGUCAGGGGCGAAAACUAUGGACAAACAUGACAUUGAACAGACACAGGUUCUGGCGUGUCCAAACGAGACAACAAAGGUGUUCAACCAAGUCAGCGCCAGCAGUAAUCUGGAUUACAUUGUAGCUGUUGCCGACACUAAUGUAGUGUGUAUAUGGAAGAGGCUCAAAAUUGAAGACGGUAGUUCGCCUUCAUGACAGCGUGACCAAGUCCUUGCUGGAAAUCUCCCCACCUCGCCGUAUCAGCUCGGACAAUUUAGUUUAUUUAAACGACGUGAAAAUAUUCUAAUUAUCGUUUAUAGAAAACACAUGUUUAACAUUUGAAAGUCUUUAGUGGCCUGUUGUUGUUUUCAGUUUAGCACUGGGCAUGUGAGAGGUAAUGUACAGUAAUGUUCGUUCAUUGCAGUUUUAUGAUUACACCUCUCGGCCUUCUUUGCUGUUCACCGUUCACAUCUGAAUAUUGUGAAGAUCUAGAGCAAAAAUCAAAAAAUUGUAAUGAAGAACAACCUUCAGAGUUACGCUUUCUGCGACUUUUCGAAGUGUUUUUCAACUGUUGUAAGUUUCUUAUACUACAAAUGAAGUAGAACUUGAUGUUUCAGUUUUUAACUGCUGUUCCUUGCGUUUAUACAAGAAUAUCUAGAUACUUUCUUAUACAAAUUGAGGAAAUGUCUGGGCCUGGUUGUUUUAAGCACGAUUUCUUUUGAUACGAGAUUUCUUGCUGUUUGUAUUGUUAUUAUUUUUCCCCUCUGGUAAUGUGAUGUAAGGUUUGCUAUGUCGAAAUGAAGCACAUGAAUUAAAGCAAGUCUGAAUCGAAGUUCAUUUGCUAAAAUUAAAUACAUAAUAAGAAAGUGGAUGCAAACACGUUUUCAACGCCACGAGGCGCUGAGCGAAACCUAUAUAAAAGAAAAACCAGAAAUCACUAAUUUAAAAUUUUAUGCUAACCCUGCUCGUGUUGAGAUCUUUCUUGGAACAAACGGGCCUCGACAUUUUUUACUUUUAGUAGUUUGUUAACAAACUUUCUAGCCUUCCCUUUUGAUAAAUGAUUAAUAUAUCACUAAAUCCAUGAAUACGUAGUUGUGUUAUUAAAGAGUAGCUACUUGUAAGGGUUGUGCCAUUGUCAAUAGUAAAUACAAAUCGCGGUUAGCUAGUUUACAGUUACAUGAUAAAGUACCAUUUGUACAAAAAACAUAAAUUAGAGAAAUCACAGGGCAGUCAGAAAUAAAGUUUCAUUAAAAUAUAUUUUUUGUUGUAUCAGUUUCUUGAUGAUCACAGAGGAUGGUUUUCUAGCGAAUUCCAUUUGAGCCCAAUUUUAUCUGUUAGACUUUUUUUUAAACCCUUCUGACCUUUUUCUUUCCCAAACUUUUUGUCUUUCACUCCGCCCUGGAACUCCCACCGCCCCUGCCCUCUCCCCCUCCUAAAAAAAAUAAAAUA